AUGAGCAACACGACGAACGUUUUUAACGAGUACGGAGGGACCGCCCGUCCGCCCGAUCGAGAUGAACCGCCGGAGGGUAAAAUAAUUGGAAAAGUGGAGAAACAUUUAAGUUUUUCAGGCGUAAAAGCGGCGAUUUUGGUGGAAUUUGAGAGCGAAGGUAAAAAACACAAAGUUUCGUCUGUGAUUUUCUCGAAUUUCAGAUGAUCCGGUCAUGGAAAAUGGGUCGAAACUUCUCGGUGCGCAAUCUGAGCCCUUCAAUUACUUGAAAAGUACAUUGAACAGAAAAUGCCCAAAAAGUACUCAUUGACUAGAAAUUAUAUAAUUUCAGCCGCGACGUCAGUGGAUUUCGAGAAAUUGUGCGGAAUUCACGAGGAGCUGCCCGAACAGAAGCCGCAGGGUUUUGACGAGGUGCGAUCGCUGAAGAAAAUGCUUUUCGACGUGAAUCUGGCGGCGUUGGAGCUCGAGACGGUCGUGGCGAAGAGCACGGAGCGAAUGGUGGCCGGGGUGGACGGGACGCCGACUUUUGGUGAGGAAUUGCCAAAACUUUCAAUAAAAUUUAUUCAUUUGAGACGAUUUAUCCCAGCUACCGGCGAGGAUGUCAAAAAGUUGUCAACGGAUAAAUUGUUCAUUGAAACAGUACGAACAUUUUAUUAGUUGACUACUUUUUGAUAUCUCUCGCUGAGAUAAAUUGCCAUGACUAAGCGUAUCAUUGUCGUUUCUCAUUCAGAACCACCCACGCGUGUCGAACCGCUCCAAGCGGAGAGAAAUCUGAAGAAGAUUGGGCAGGAUCGACUCGUGGAGGCGCCGAACGACCCGGACACUGACGAAGAGAUGGCCCGCAACGAGAAGAUUGUCGAGGAAAUCCGCGAGUGGCAGAUGCGAGAGGACGGAAUGAAGGGGCCGCACCCGCGGUACGACAAGGAGCUGCUGCACGCGAUGACCGAAAAGUACCAGAUUGCCAACUGUCUGAUGCUGGCGAGACGGGAGAAGGCGCUGAAACGGAAGCUCCGCCAGUUGAAGGGACUCGCGCCGAUGGAGCCCUACGAACUGGACGAGGUGGAGGCGCUGGCCCUGCAGACGCACUCGGAGUGGGAGCCGUCGGAGGAUGAGCUUAGCGAACACGAAUAUGCGAAGAUCGUCGGAGAAGUGCAGUCGCGCGUCGAGAAGCGCUUCAUCGCUCGUCGUCUCACCAACUUUCGUCGCUUCAAAGCCUACGUCGAAAAGCUCGACGAGAAACGGAGAGAAACGUACAUGCCCGAGCCACCGGUGACCGUUCUCGAAGCGGAUGCGAUCAACGGAUUGUGGGUGACGGGAAUGGACGCGGAAGAGCCGAAGCCGGAGAUCGCGGCGACUCCCUGCGAGGAGGCGUGGAUCGUGAACGACUAUCUGAACGAGAGAGCUCGUGUCAAGUGCUGGCGGGCGUGGAAGGCGUUCGAACGGAAGAGUCAUGCCGAGUUCAAUGCGAGACGUGUCCGGAUGCUCGAAGAGAAAGGCGUCGAUAUUGGUGAGUACGAUGUGGAGGAGACGCGCGAGCGGUUCGUGCCGCCCGUCUUUCCGCGUCUGUCGCGUUGUCUCUGCGAUCCGACGAAGGAGAUUUGCGAGAACGGCGGAUUCGUUGUCAACGAAGAAGACGCCAUCCGUGAGUAGCACUUAUCUUUGGCGACACAAAACGCUCAUUUUCAGCCACCGACGACUCGGAUUACAAGAUUCUCGAAGAGAAGGAACCGUUCAAGAAGUUCAUCGAGCCCGUCCGCCGCACCCAUCGCACCCGCACGCAGGACGAGUUCAUGUUCGUCGUCAGCGACGAAGAGUUCUUCUCGGACACCAAGUCCGAAGUGACUCUGCCGUCGGCCGACGAGGAUGAGUUGGCAGCGCUCGACAGACCGACUUACAAACUGACGGACUCCGAUCGGCCCGACGGUCCGUUUAAUCCAAACAACAUUCUUCAGCCUAAUUUUUUCGAUUUUCAGAGCUCGCAGAGUUCAUGAAGACGAAGCGGGCGGCCGAGGAGUACCGCGAGUGGCGGGAGCACCGGCCGAGACGUCGCAAAGUGACACGACCGUGGCCGAUCGUCGAAAAAGUGCCCGUCGGACCGCCUGUAAACGCGCUUGAGCUGCCGCUGAUCGGAGAGGAAAUGGACGUGCGCCGCCUCAAUUUUGAUUCGGAUUCGUCGGUCGACUCGAACAAUGGGCUGAAAAAGAAGGUGUUUCGGAAGCGAACCGUCAAAGUUCGACGAGCGAAAAAGGUGACGGAGCAGAAGCCGGUGGAACAGGUGAAAGUGGCGGUAGUCGAUGAAGAACAGAUGCCUCUUAUUCCGGCGGAAGCGACCCCGCCGGCCACCGAUUGUUCGGAAGAAUCGAAUUGGACGGACGCGAGUGCCGAACCGUUGGAGAUGGCGUUCCCGGACAGUUGGACCGAGCAGGAGGGCCACUUCCUCUACGUGCCGACGGCCGAUUCGACGACGUCUGAAGGGGGAGACUACGAACCGUGCACGACGUUCCUGGAGCACUUCGAGAUGAAGCUCGACGCGUACAAACAGGACAAAGCCGACAAUCAUGCGGAAGAGACGGGCGAUCACGUUGAGAAGCACCAGCCUCGCGAAGUCAUCGAGAUGAGCGAAUCUGGGGAAGAGAUUGAGAGUGAGGAGGAGAUUGCCGACGACGAGAAGACCCCCCUCGAACCGGUGCCUCGGAGAGAUCGCCGACGUGGAUUCAUGGCCUCACUCUCGGAGAAGUGGUUCGGAGUGAUCGGAGUCGCCCUCCUCCUUUCGUGCUUGAUUACGGUCAGCGAAGGUGUCGGAAUCUCGGAUCUGGUCGACUAUCGGGCACGACGAGCCGGAGAGAGUAAGUCUGCUCGAAGCACUGUGAAAACGGGAACGCCUUCAUUUCAGAUGCGGCGGCGACGUCGAAGAACUUCUCGCAACUGGCGGCCGAGACUUUGAUCGUGGCACAAGUGAUGAAUGUGAUCUACCUGCAGAACACCCUCUCCAAAAACGCCUCUUUCGCGAAGAUGAUUGCGGAGGAAGGAGGCGGAUUCAGAAAUAUGUCGAUUAUCGAGACGCUGCAAAAGGUGAACCUGGAGAAGGAUCUGAAAGAGGUGAAGAAGAUCGGAAAGCUCUACUUCAAAGGAUCCUCGAACGAAACGGUCGCCACAUUGAUCGAGUUGACGGCGGGGGCGGGCAAUCGACCGCAAAUUCUUCCACCUAAUGUGGUGUUGAAAGCGAUAAGCUUGGUAAAAGAUGCCACACUGCCGCCACUGGAUCCGGAGUCGCUGAAUAAUAUGCACCAGGCACUCGAGGCGUUCUACACCCGCAAAACUCCGUUCAGUGGCCUUGAUGAUUUUCUGGCGGCUUUACGUGGUGUCGAUGCCCAUUUUGACUCGGUGAAUGAGUGGACUUCAACUCUCGGGAACUUCACGUGCACCGAAUUGAGAAAAGCGGGCGAACAAUCGAACAGUACUCUGAAAGCUUUUGUGAAGGCGGUGAACGAGAGCGAGACUUACGUGGACGAACUGAUGAGACUGCAAAAGGAUUUCGGCGAAUGGCGCGCUCUCGCCGCCGUUUUGGACUCGUCGUUCGACAAAACCAAAAACGAAGGCCUUCUGAAGACGGUGACCGCCCUCUCCGCCUUCCUCAAAACUGCCAAGAUCCCGUCCGGCACGCAUCAUCUGAUCGCCUUCCCGAAUGGACUCGCCGACUGGUAUCUUCUGCUCUCCGAUCUGAAGGCUCCGUGGUUGAAGGAUGUUCUCAACAAUGGAAACAAUCUGACGGCUCUGAUGAAAGGUAUUCUGCCGGUUGACCAUGUGGCGGUCGGGGUGGAGCUCGUGAGAAUCUCGUGGAAGGCGCCGAUGAAUCUGAGAAUGGCGAUGGAGCUCGAGGACGACGAGGAACUGCUCCGAGGACUCAACAAUAUCAGUGUGACGAAAGGAUCGAGCGUCUUGGCGUCGAUGGAGAGGCUGUUGAAGCUGAUGGAGCCGCGAGUGACGGUCGGAAAGUUUUCGAAUAGCUCCGCCAUUCAUACGCUCGAUAAGCACUUAAAACAAAUCGCGGGAAUUGUCACGUUCUGCGAUGACGUCGAUGCGCUCAAAGGAAAUCUGGCGGCGAUCAAUAAGGCUUCGUGGGAUGAGCUAUACACAAGACUGUCGAAUGAAGCGAACGAUUCGAUGGCGUUAAAAGGGCUGCGAAAAGACAAUUACUUCAAUCAGUGCCACAGAAACACUGCACAACUAGCGAAAGAAGCGCAACGAUUGCUCGGAAUAGUGGAGGAGUGGAAGAAUAUGGCCAACAAACUGCAGGCAGUGAGUAAUUCGAUAUUCGAGGGAGCGAAAUGGGUGAUACUAGUGAAGACGACGCACGACAAGUUUGUGUCCAACGUGCACAAGGCGUCGGAGGAUGUGAAACUCGUGACGGAAGUGCUCAAACUCGCCAAAGGCAAGAUAGAAUGGCGUCGGAAGCGAGAAGCGGGAGUCGAUGCGAAUCUUAGGCUCGUGGAGGGAAUCAAGAAUCUCGUCAAUGCGACCGACUACACGGAGACUUCCCCUCCGCCAGAGGCGGAACACCUGAAGAAGUUGGCGGUCGAUCAGAAAACAGUCGCCCAGCUGUACUACUCGUCUCAGAUGCUCGCCACGUUCGCAAACUUUGUCAGCAAUCCCAAAGAGGUUCAGUUCAUCAAGGACAAUGCGAAGGCAGUGGAUGUGUACCUGAAGACGUUGCCGGCGGGCCGACAUGAAGGAUGGACGAACGCGGCGGAGGUGGUGGCGGCGGUCAAUUCGCUCGAGAAGCAGAUCAAGGCGCUGAUGGAGAAGAGUUCGGGAUGGAAGACGGAAUCGCUCACCGACCUCAAUCAAUUCUUUGAUGCGCUCGACGCGGUCGUCAUUCCGCCGCUCCUGCUGAAUGCGAACUUCAUUGGAACGCUGUUGAACGUGUCGCGUGACGUGCUGAACGAUACGUCAAACAGUGUGGAACGGCUGGCCUACUAUGCGGCCUACAAUCUCGAUAUGAAGUACGCGCGGAUGCGGACGAAGGGAGCACUGCCGCCGUUUGUGGACGAGGCCGAACCGUUCCUCGACGAGUUCUUUGGAAUGUUCAACGGUUCGAGUAUCUACCCGGCUAUGUGAGUUCUUUUUACACGAUUUUGAUAGUUUUGAACUUUUCUCCGAAAUAUGAAAUGCCGCUCACAAAACGCCCCAUUUUUCAGGGUGAGCCCCGUCCUCUUCAUCACCUUAUGCAUUUGGCUCUGCUGCGGAAAGUGCGUCACGUACGGAUACGUGACGAAAUGGAAAAACCGACGACGAUGGGAGCGGAUGCAAGAGAAACUGGUGAAAAUUGAGACGACGAAGGUUUUGCGCAAAAAGGACAAAACGACGACGACCGAAGAAGCGCAAGAACCAACGAAAGAUGUCCAGUUUGCUCGUUCGACGCCGGAAACGCCGAAGAAGUCGGAAGUGAAAGUGAUUAAAAUGGAGAAUGAGCAGACGAGAGAGGGAGCCGAGGCGGGCGGCGACUGGCUGCAAUUCUGCUGGCACGACGCGCCGAUCGACGACGACGGCGACGAACUGGCGAAGGAGGAGGAGUCGCACUGGACGUGGAUUCCGUUUAGCGACACGAAAAAGGACGACGCAUACCCGCCGCGCUCGUUCGGAUCCGGCGAUCUCCGCUCGAUCGGAACGGACACGCUGUCGACGCAGUCGGCCAGCACCGUCUACAUGGACGACAACGUGAGCGACGUGACGGCGGACAGCGACUACGAUCGCGACGGAGCCUUCGAGACGGACUACCACGAGGUGCGCGACUUUUGGAAGCACCGCGCGAUGCCGUUCUGGGCGAAGACGCACAUCCUCCGCCAUCGCGGAUUCCUCUCCCAACAGCACUACGAACAGUGGCAUCGGCGGGCGCAAGUGUACAAACUGGAGCUGGAGGAGCGGAUUGCGAAGGCGGAGGCGAAGGUGCGACAUCUGAAGAUUAUCGAGAUGAACGAGAAGUGGCAGCACUACUUUGACCGGACAAAAGCGGAGAUCAAACUAAAGAACAUUGCGUACAAGAUGCGCGAUCAGGAGAUGCUGGCGAAGCAGGAGGUCGAGCAGGCCAAGUACGAGGCGGAGAAGGCGAAGCGGACUCCAGAGGAGAACGUUAUGAAGUACGUGAGCGAGUCGUACCACAAGGAUCCGGACGCGGAGCUGAUGAACGUGAAGUACGUGUGGCCGUCGAUCGACGCCAUCGACAACUACAUUCUGUCGGAGCGCCACGACUACUGGGAGCACCUCUACCGCAACCACUCGCAUCGAUUCACGCACGACUGGUGCCGCGUGCGCUUCUCCACCGACUCGUUCGACGACUGCGACUUCUACGACGCGGGCUACGUGCACCCGUACAAGACGCUCUACGAGAAGGUGCUGCACAAGUACACGAACAAGAUCAUCGAGGCGUCGGCGCCGAUGUUCAAGUGCACGAUCGGACUGCUCUGGCACUGGAUCUACGAGAACAACGUGCCGUUCAUGGUGGUCCUCAAUCAGUUUCUCGAGAGUUUGUCCAUUUCUUUUCAGUUCUUUUGCACUCGAAUGCCCCUUUCAGGACACAUAAUGGUGUGCCCGGUGUGGUAUCCACUUCGAGUCGGCGAACGUCUCCGAUGCCAUCGCAAUCAGUACCGCGAGUACGAGAUCGUCUGCACCUCGUGCGUUGCCGUCUACAAACGAAACGGAAUCGAGCGCACGUUCAAAGUGACCCUCAUUCAGUGGGUUUUUAUGGGAAAUUCACGAGAUGGCAGGUUUCUAGAUGGUUUUUUCAUGUGAUUUUUGUGCUGAAAAAGUGCAAUUCUUGAGUGUUCAGUCGUUGAACUCCUUUUUUGGUCCAACAUCUAUGCCGAAACGUCAAGCAUUCCAGGAGCUCUUGUGUAUUCAUGCCACAGUAUCACUUUUCCUCGCUUCUGACAAAAAAAUUAGGAAAAAAGUGCUGUAUUCAAGAAAAGGUCGCUGACGACUCAAAAUUUAUAAUAAUUAAAGAAAUUUUGAACCUUUCUCUAACAGUGCGAUAAAACGCUCUUGUAUACUCCAAACUUUAUCUCUAUUUACAGCAACAAGCAGCGAAUCAAGACGAAAAAGUUCCGAAUGCUGAAGAUGCUCGACUGGGACCAGGACCACAUGCCGCUCGACUGGAUGCACUACGUGGACAUUUGCGAGCGCAUCAACGAGUAUUCGAAGCUGGCGCCGACGGUGGUGAUGAGUCUGCACGGGUCGGGACGCGCGAUGACGCUGAUCCUCGCGCUGAUGGCGGCGAUCCUGUGCCGGCUGGACGACGACAUCUCGAUCCACGCGAUGGUGCACGGGGGACGGCAGACGAAGCGGUGCGCGAUCGUCGUCGAGAAUCAGAUUUACAUUUGGAGAAUGAUCCACUACGAACUCUUGUUCCGCGUCAGUUUCUUUCGAGCAAUUCCGGUUGCGAAAUGUGUCUCAUUUCAGUGGUUCCCGAAGGUUGGCGAGCUGUACCGACUGAACAUGGACGUGCGCGCGGAGAUCUGGGAGGACUGUCUCGUCGGAAUACUCGAGGAGGAUUGGGCGAGAGAGGCGGCCAUCUGGCCAUUCAACUACGACUGGGAAGUGAGCCGCUACCGUCGCUUCCACUUUAUGGUCGAAUACCUGCGCCACCGCAACCAGGAGAAGCGGAACAUAGCGAAACUCGCGCGCAAAGAGCAGGACGUGUUCGAGGCGCGCACGAAAAGCGAACAAAUGGACGAGCGGUCGCCGUACCGAAACGGAGUGGCGAUCCGUCGGAAGCCGUUGAGAGUGGGCGACGCGCCACGGGACAAGAACCGACCGAAGAGGAAGUAUUUGGAGAAGGAGAAGAAGAGGGCCGACGAGAAGAUGUUCGCGAGACUGACGGUCGAUCCGCUAGUCGGCAGCGGUCCGAUCGACGGGCGGUACGAGUGGGUGCGACCGUCGGAAGUGCUCGCACGCGUCGGAAAGGGAGCGGAGCGGCCGGACGUCUGGAAGUGGUCCCAGGCCAAAAAAUAG